GCACGUGGUGCUUCCGGCGAGCGCGCUACCUCCGCUGCGACCCGGUAGUUUAGGGUCGCGCGGGCUGGGUACCGGGUGUGAGUUGGGGGGCGGGUGCCAGUCCCGUCCUCGGUCGCUGCGUCCCGGCCCUCCUGUCCCGGAGCGGGACCUCGAGUGAGCCCGCCCGCGCCUCCAGCCAUGACUUCUCUGCUCGCCAAGGACGCCUACCUGCAGAGCCUGGCCAGGAAAAUCUGCUCGGGGCCCACCCCGGAGCCGCGGCAGCGCAAGCCGGCAGGCAAAACUGAAGGCUCAGAAGCUGCUGGGCCCCCGAGAAAGAAAAGGAAGAGGGCACAGAAGAAAUCCCGGGAGCGGGAGGAGAAGGUUGUGGAGCCCAAGGCCCAGGCCCUGGGGGAGAAAUCUCAGGCCCCUUCCCGGGCUAGAAAGCCAGCAGCGGCUGCGGAGGAGAAGGCCGAGGGCCCUUCCGGGGCCCCUGCAGGUGACCCAGCCACAGAACCUGAGUCCUUCUUUGCCCUGGAUGUUCUGCGGCAGCGGCUGCAUGAGAAGAUACGGGAGGCCCGGGGCCAGGGCAGCACGGAGGAGCUGUCCCCCACCGCUCUGGAGAAAAGACGGAGGCGGAAGCAGGAGCGGGACCGGAAAAAGAGGAAGCGGAAGGAGCUGAGAGCCAGGGAAAAGGCAGCCAAGGCGGCGGAGGCCGUGGAGGCUGCUGCGCCGCCACCGGAGGCGCCCAGCAAGGAGGCCCGGGAAAAGCCGGGGCUGUUGUUCAACAAGGUGGAGGUGAGCGAGGAGCCGCCGGCCACCAAGGCACAGCGCCGGCGGGAGAAGCGGCAGAGGCUCAAGGGCAACCUGCCGCCGCUGACCGGGAAGAACUACCGGCAGCUGCUGGAGCGGCUGCAGGCGCGGCAGAGCCAGCUGGAGGAGCUGCGUGGGCAGGACGCAGACAAGGCGCGGGAGCUGGAGAGCAAGAUGCAGUGGACGGCCGCGCUGUACCGGGCGGAAGGCGUGCGCGUCCGCGACGACGAGCGCCUGCUGCAGGCCGCCCUGCGGCGCAAGGAGAAGCGGCGGGCGCAGCGGCAGCGCCGGUGGGAGAAGCGCACGGCCCAGGUGGUGGAGAAGAUGCAGCGGCGGCAGGACCAGCGGCGCCAGAACCUGCGCAAGAAGAAGGUGGCCAAGGCCGAGCGGCGCCUGGAGAAGGCCCGCAAGAAGGGCCGCGUGCUGCCCCAGGACCUGCAGCGCGCUGGCCUGGCCUGAGGGGCGGCUGCACCGCGUGCGCCUGCGCCGCCAGCGGGGCGCUGGGCCGGCCCCCAGCGUGCGUGCCCUCACGCUCAUAGGGCCUAGGUGGCAGAGGCAAAAGCACAAGCACGUUAUCGAGAGCAGGAGCCUGGACCCUAGGCCAGGUGUGGGACAAGCCACUUCCCAGCUCCAGCCUUCUCUGGUGGGGCUGGAAAGCACCCCAAAGUUUGCAGGGUGAGGGGCGAGGGAGCAGUGUGAGGGGUAGGUUCCCGAGUUCACCGGAGCAGGAUGGGAGUGGCCUUGCUGACGCCUGUGCCGGUCCAGAGCUCGCUUGGAGGGACCAAACCCAAUGCACGUGCCCAAACGCCAGGUGGAGCUGGUGGCUCGGAUCACUGGGAGUGACCGCGGGCGCGCCUGGGAUCAAAUGAUUCUGCUUAUUUGUAAAAAGGUCAAAAACUAGAAUUUAAGUUAGACGUGCACAGCAAGGAUUCUAAGACAGCCCCUGAAAGGUGGGAGCAGUGUUGAGCGAGCUGAGAAAGAGGAGGAGCGGGCGGGGGCGGGGCGAAGGCAGGGCGGAGGGUGGAGGAAGAACGGAACUGGUGUGUAUGGAGGUGAGGGGGCCGGCGGAGUGAGCCCAAGGCCGGGGCAGUGGAACACGGGUGGGAAAGCCCCCCGAUUAUGUGGUAACGUGGAUGGCAUUUCAAUAAAGAGGGCACUGGAACUGUU